GUAUCAUAAGCACUCAUCUUCCAACUACUCCAGAUGCGAGAGUAUAUAUGCUCCAUUGCACCCAGUAGUUUGCAAGCCAGACCAUCCCUUCGGCAGCUCCGUCUAAGUUGCAACCCGUCUUACCCCAAACGGUCUUGUAUACUGAAGCAGUCCCCGGGGAGUUAGGUGCACUUCGACUCGCUGUGCAUGCCUUCUAGUUGGGAACCCCAAUUCCAGACAGGAGAAUUGAUAUCACAGCUGUCCAACUAUCCACUAUUGUAAAUUGGUUAAGCUGUGUAUGAGCUCCACCCGUACCGCUGAGCUCGAUACCCGUGGAGAAUUCGUUGUCGAACUCACUCAUUUGUGUGCUUUCCAAUUAUAGGACUCAAGGCUGUUUUUGGAUACUAUUGAGAGUUGAUCUUGUUUCGCCAUGGAUCAUACGCGAAAGAAGGGUAGCGCUGUUCUGUACGUCUUCGCAGCUGUGCUGUUGUGGAGUGGAGUGCUAGUGGCUGAAGUGGAUGCUCAAGGCUCAUGGGAGACAGUGGUCGACAACGCCGGAAUUUCGACCAUGCACGCUGCGGUGACUCACUACGGAAACGUCAUUCUUCUUGACCGGACCAACAUCGGCGAUAGCCAGCUGCCCUUGCCUGCUGGAGUGUGCCGCGAUAAUCCAGCAGAUCGGGCCAAUACCCAUGACUGCACCGCUCACUCCGCCAUCUACUCCCCCGGCUCCAACGCCAUUCGCCCUCUCUUCAUCUUCACCGACACUUGGUGCUCCUCCGGGGCUUUUGACGGUGAUGGCAAUAUGAUUCAAACCGGUGGAGACUCUGAUGGCAUUUCCAAGAUUCGUACCUUUGCACCCUGCGGUGACAAUGGAGGAUGUGAUUGGGUAGAGACCACCACCGACUUGCAGCUCGGAAGGUGGUAUGCCUCCAAUCAGCAACUCCCCGACGGAACCCAAGCAGUAAUCGGCGGCAGAAACGCGUUCACCGUGGAGUACGUGCCCGCAAACGGCCGGGGCCAAACCGAGCUGCAGCUUCUCAUAGAUACUAACAGCGCCCAGUACGAUAAUCUGUACCCGUUCGUGCACCUACUCCCCAACAACGACCUCUUCAUCUUCGCCAACAAGGAUAGCAUCCUAUUCAACUGGCAAACCAACACCGUUGUGAAAAACCUCCCCACCUUGGCCGGCGGGCCUCGCAACUAUCCUUCGGCCGGGAGCUCUGUCAUGCUGCCACUCACGGCCGCCGACAACUACGAAGGCGUGGAGGUGCUGGUGUGCGGAGGAGCCGCGGAGGGAGCGUACAACAACCCAACUGCACAGUAUGACGCCCUCAACACGUGCGGACGCAUAAACCCUCUGGCCGGGACACCAAGAUGGGCGACGGAAACCAUGCCCCAGCGGCGCACCAUGGGUGACAUGAUCCUGGUCCCCACGGGUGGCGUGAUCAUCAUCAACGGCGCCAGCAAGGGAUCGCAGGGAUGGGGCUUUGCCAGCGACCCCGUGUAUACGCCGGUGCUGUACAGCCCGGGAGCAGCCGCGGGGCGACGCUUCCAGACGCUGGCUGGGUCGGGCAUCCCCCGCAUGUACCACUCCACCGCCAAUCUGCUGGCGGACGGGCGCAUUCUGGUGGCUGGCAGCAACACCCAUCAGUUCUACACUUUCAACGGCGAGUUCCCCACGGAGCUCAGGAUCGAGGCGUUCUCACCUCCUUAUUUGGGCGGCGACAGGCCUGAGCUGGCCGUGGGCGGAGCGCUCGGGUACGGCGAUGCGUUCACGGCCACCGUGACCUAUGGCGGGGACUUGAACGGCGGCAACAUCGACCUCACGCUGGCCAGUGCACCUUUCGUGACGCACUCGUACGCCAUGGGCCAGAGAUUGCUGUGGUUGGGAGUGACGGCUCCAGUGGCUGCAGGUGCGGGCAAGUACACGGUGGAUGCAACGGCACCGCCGAGCUCCACCAUUGCGCCCGCAGGGUACUACAUGUUGUUCGCGGUUGCAAAUGGCGUGCCCAGCUAUGCCAGCUGGGUGAAGGUGGGCUAAGAGUAGGCGAGAACGAUUCGCAGUCUUGGACAGCGCAACAGCAUCAGCUGUUGCAAAGUUGGGAAGAGAGUGCGGAAGGUGUGCGCGCCGUUGGGGCGAAGCUGAUGUGCGUGUGAGGCCGAGUGCACCCGGCGCCGUGAGUGAGGGAUAGGUGCAUUUCUGCGAUCCGAGGAAGCAGCACGAAGGAGUUGGAUCUGAGGAAGUGGCGACGCUAUAGAUGUGAAUGUAGGAAGUUGGGGCACUCAGUGUUUAGGGAGUGGCCGGUGUGAAUAAUUGGCAUUGGAUUCUUGAAUCAGGCUGAGAUGCGGAGUGGCGUGGAGUUCGCUGUGAGCGAGUAGGACAGAUCUCCGGAGCAAUUUCCGGACGUUAAUAUCAUUCGGUGUCGAUGGGCAGCAAAUGUGUGAGAUGGGCUAUUGGGUGGCCCAUCAUUUGAGGUAUAAAUUGAUUGAAUUGAUUCUGAUUUUAGUAGAACCGAGUGUUGGUACGUUAGAAUGUUCUGGGUGCACCGCCUCUGACAGUUGGAGCCAUCCUUUAUUCAUUGGAGUUGAAUUAGCUCCACUUUUUAUGGACGAUCCAGUGGGCAGAGUUGUAUACAAUCCUACUUUUAGAUGGCAAUGGUGGGAUAAUGACUACUUCGCCGUGAUUUAUACAGCAAAAUCGUACAACCAAGAAGGGCCCUUCGGUAAAUGUGUUGCGCACUUGUAAACAGUACCCCAUGGACCGGUCUUUGAAUGUAUAGGAAAUGAUACGAGGUUGCUGAACUGAA